AUACGUAGGAUUAAAAAAACCUAAAAACAAGAGACGAUAACGGUAACACUGAGACUGUGAGUGUUGAGAUGGUUGAUGUUACGGUCAAACAGAACGUGGAGACGAAGCCCACUGAGGUAGAGAAGAAGGGUGAUAUUCAAUUUGAUCCCCAAGCUCGAGCGAGAGCGGCCAAUAUGACAAGCUAUGUCGCCAUGGUUUGCAACAUUCUGUUAACUAUUGCAAAGUAUGUGGCUGGUUAUUUUGGAAACUCUUCUGCCUUGAUUGCCGAUGCUUGGCACUCCCUGAGUGAUCUUGCAACGGAUGUGGUGGUCGUCGUCGUGAGUUGCUUCGCGAAGAAGCCCGCCGAUCUGGACCAUCCCUACGGCCAUGGCCGUGUGGAGGUCGUUGGCAGUGUGUUGGUGGCUCUGUUCCUCCUGAUCGCGGGCGUCUCCGUGGGCUACGACAGCGCCCAGAAGAUCCAAACGCCGAACGAGGGCAAGCUGGAGUGGUACACCUCCAUCGCCGCCUUGGUAUCGAUCCUGGUGAACGAAGGUCUGUACUGGUACGCCUACCUGGUGGGCAAGAAGAUCAACAGCCAGGUGAUCAUCGCCAAUGCCUGGCACCACCGCACCGACGCCAUGUCGUCCGUGAUCGCUCUGGGCGGCACUCUGGUGGCUCUCUUCUUCGGCUGGAACUACGCGGACCCCAUCGCGGGACUGUUCGUGGCGCUGAUGAUCGUGUGGAUCGGCCUGCAGAUCCUCUACCAGUCCAUGUGCUCCCUGGUGGACCGCAUCCCCAUGGAGAUCGUCGACCAGCUCAACCAGAUCCUCGCGGACAUCCCCGGCGUGGAGGGCUACUCGGACGUGCGUGCCCGCGAGAUGGGCGCGUUCGUGGUGGUGGAUCUGAAGCUGUACGUGCAUCCGGGAACGCACGUGGAGGACGCGGAGGAGAUCCAGCGCGUCGUGGAGACCAAGAUCCGCGAGGAGGUCAAGAACGUGACGGAGGUGAUGGUGCGGAUCACGUCGGUGCGCGAUGAUGUGAGAGAGGCGAGGAGCGAUCAUCCGUAG